AUGUGGUUGCUGGAGAAAAUCCGUGGCUCGGUGGAGAACGGCGGCUCCCGGGGGAACGGCGACUCUGUCGAUAAGCAGUCCAAGGGUCCUCUGUACAGCAACGUCCUGACGCCAGAUAAGAUCCCGGAUUUCUUCAUCCCGCCCAAGCUCCCGAUGGUGCCCCCAGAAGCAGAGGGGGCAGAAGGGAAGGCAAAGCCCAAUCUGGGCACGUCGGCCUCGGAGCAGAACCUCUCGGCCCGCAAGCCGCAGCGCAGCCCGCGCUUGCCAGCAAAAGCCGCCUCUGAGAGCAAGAAUCUCCUGAAGGCUGCCAGCCGCCACAUCAUCCAGAUCGAGAGCGCCGACGAAUGGGCGUCCGAGGAGGACUUCAGCACCAAUGCGGACCCCCAGUCGCAGACAGCCAUGUCCCUGCCGUACGUGCCCAAGGCGCAGACGUCGUACGGCUUCGCGACGCUAAUGGAGAGCCCCCACACUCGCCGCAAGGAGUCCCUCUUCCACAGCGAGCACACCAGCCUGUGUCCGUCGCAGUCGACCUCUCCCAGCUCCCAGCGGAGGUCUCCUUCGGGAGGGAGCAAGACCAACGGUGAGGGCGGCCACCUCAACCCCUCGGACAUCAGCAUGUCCCUCAUGAACCCCUACCGCUACUUCAGUGGCGGCGAAAGCGACACGUGCUCCUCGGCCGAGUCGUCCCCGUUCGGCUCCCCCUUGCUCUCGCGCUCGGUGUCGCUCCUGAAGAUCUUCAGCCAGGAAAGCCAGUCCAAAGUCAUCAAGCUAAAGCACUCGGUGGCGCGCAACAGCUCCCUCUCCACCGACGACAGCUCGGCUGACACCAGCCCCAGCUCGCAGCGGCGCCAGCGGUCCGCCACCCCUCCUGCAGGGGCAGCUGGCACGGCACAACAGCCGGCGGCGCCGGCGGAGCAGCAGGAGCGCCUUCACAAGGAGCACAUCAUCCCGUUGAGCAAAGGGGGCAGCAUGAGGCUGGCGGCCGAGUACAACCCUUCGAGCGCCCGCCUUCGGGUGCGCGUCAUCACGGCGGAAGACCUCUACGACAAGCACUGCGACGCGCGGAGCAUCAACUGCUGCGUGGCCCUCUAUCUGAACCCUGGGAAGUUGCAGAAGCAGCGCAGCACCAUCAUCAAGAACAGCCGCUACCCCGUCUUCAACGAAGAUUUCUUCUUUGACGGGCUGGGGGCCGGCAACGCCAAGAAACUCUCCCUCAAGGUCAAGGUGCUCAACAAGGGAGGCAGCCUCAAGAGAGACACCCUGAUGGGGGAGAAGGAGCUCCCCUUAACGUCUUUGCUCCCAUUUUCAUAA